CUACAUAUGAGCUUAAAUAUCUAUGAAUGUGAAGAAGAAAAAACACCUGCAUAUGAUGAACAAUACGAAAAUUACAAAGGAGAUUAUUCUCACAUAUUAGAUUUAUAUAAUACAGGAUGUUAAUCUCCUAUUUCAUCUAAAUGGUCUAACAAUAGACCUCAUACAGGAUCAUACAAAUAUAUUAGGAAAGUGAAAUUAAUGAAGAAAUAAAAAUCUAAUCAAUAUACUUCUGAAGAACAAAGUAACUAUUAACAAAAUAUAUAGAUUUUAUCAUCAGGAAGAUUGUUUCCUCAGAUGGUGUUAAUAUAACUAAAUAAAAGAGUAAUCAAUCUUAAUUAUAAAAGAAAGCUAAUAAUAAAAUCAUCAAGAUGAUGAAACAAUUAAACUUAAAUUGA